AGCACUUGGUGUACAUGGGCGACAUCAACUAUCGAGACAAGACCGACGACAAUCGAGAAGUGGUGAUGGGCGGCGCCCACGGCACGGCCGCACACGCCGCAGUUCUCCCUUCCGCCGCACCUUCUCACGCAGAGAGCUCUACGUUUUCUUCACAUGCUUCUCAUAUCACGCACGACGAUCUUAGCCUACCCGUUCUUCAAACUUCGGGUCUUCGUUGGCUUGGGAUCGGAGUCUCAGGCAUCGUAUACGCCCUUGACGAGCGCACCGUCGCAAAGAUCGCCCCCACAUAUAACAACAAGUACGCUACCAACGAAUCCCUUCAAGACCUCUUCACCGAGAGAUCCGUGUACCAGCGUCUAGGGUCUCAUCCACGGAUAUGCCAACACAUCUCCUCAGUUCAACGAGGCAUUCUCCUAGAGAGAUUCGGAGAGUCGCUCCGGAAACAUUUACAGAAGCUCCACGAGCACGGGAAGACUCCGUCGCACAAUCAGGCCUUGAAGUGGUCCUGCCAAGUCGCAGAGGGAAUAGCAUAUCUCCAUCAAAAGAGCAUCGUGCAAGGAGACAUCGGCUGUCACAACAUCCUUUUAAAGGGUGACGAGGUCAAGAUAUGCGACUUCGGCGGCGCUUCAAUUGACGGGAGGCCUGCCACAGCGGGGUAUGAAUGCCGAUCUCAACGUUGUGACGGCAGUUGUGAGAAUCCUUCCAUUAAAAGCGAACUGUUUGCACUAGGAUCAACCAUGUAUGAAAUCUGGACAGCGAGCCGGCCUUAUCAAAAUGAACCCGACGAUAUAGUGGAGGAAAAUUACAAAUGCCGGUGCUUUCCAGACGUCGGAACCCUCCCCGUCGCCGACAUUAUUGAAAAAUGCUGGCAUGGCACUUAUAACUCUGCGGAUGAAGUUGUUGCCGACCUCACACUACUUCAGACCGAACUUGCUGCUUUGCUUCCCGGACGGUCACUUAGAAUGGAGUAGCAUCUUGACAAUGACGAUACGUUCCCAAGGGGUUUGGAUUGUCACAGAGGGAAUAGGCUCGGUUGGUUACUCUGUGGUUGGAUGUACAACCGGAAUAAACAAGAACUGUAUCGACGUAAUAGCACAUGUCUUUCCCUCUGGAAUGAUAAAAGGCUUUGUGGUGUUGAUUGAAAAGGACACUCGAUGCCAACGGAAUUGUCUUUAAAAGCACGAGGGUUCAAAAUGGUGGCAUAAGCUGGACGCAAACGGUUGCAUGCAGCAAUGCUCAAAAUAUUGGCGUUAAUCCCAAUCUGGGCUAGGCAAUAGAAAGCUCACCAAUGACCUCAUCAUCUG